AUGCCGGAGGGAAAUAAAAUCGACUUGUCAGGGGACGGCAGCGUGCUCAAGGAGAUCCUGGAGGAGGGCAAGCGCACAGAGACGCCACACACCGGAUGCACUGUUUCCCUGCACUACACGGGUCGCCUGGUCGAUGGCACGGAAUUUGAUUCCAGAGUUGGCCGCAAUGAGCUCUUCGAAGUUCCGCUCGGCAAAGGUAAUGUUAUCAAGGCCUUCGACAUGGGGGUGGCCACCAUGAAGAUCGGCGAACGCUGCUUAAUGACAUGUGCUCCCAAUUACGCUUACCAAGCUGCUGGCAGCCCGCCCGCCAUUCCUCCGGAUGCUACUCUGAACUUUGAGCUGGAGAUGAUGGGCUGGAAGGGCGAGGAUCUGAGUCCAAAUCAGGACGGCAGCAUUGACCGCACCAUUUUGGAGGACAGCGAUAAGAAGCGCACUCCCAGCGAUGAUGCCUUCGUCAGGGCUCACAUUUCGGGUGCUUUCGAGGGCUCCGUGUUUGAGGAAUCGCGAUGUGGAGUGUGA